AUGGCCUCUUCAUAUGGUGCACGCGGCGUCAGGCAUGACAACAGACCUGAUCAGCUGCUUCAAAUCGACCUGAACACCCCCGCGAAAGGCAUACGGAUCGCAUUGGCCGCCGAGUCUGCUUUCAACAUCUUCACGGCCAUGACGAUGAUCAUCACCCCCCGUUCAGCUCUGCAAGGCCAACUGAUGCCAUUUGACCUUCGAAACGGCCUUUCGCAAGAGCAGGCGUCUCCCGAACUAGCAUCUGUCACGCAGUAUCUCGGGGCUUUCGUAUUCGCGACGAACGUGGGACUCCUGCUGGGGAUUCCGAACAGGCCCGGGGCCAUUGAUAUUAGGCGAACGGCGUACGCGACAUUCGCAGCCCUGGAAAUCACAUACAUCGUGAUUAUCCUGUGGCAAUUAUGCGUUGCGGGACAGAGCGCGACCGGCGUCCGCAUGGAAAAGGCACUGUGGGCUUACCUGGUACCCAUGUCUGUCGCGUGUGGGCUCAGGCUCUGGACUCUUUUCGUGCGACCCGACUGGAUGGGCAGGUAUAUUAUCAAGAGAACAGAGUAG